AUGGCUUCAUCCCACUCUCAACACCAGGAGAACCAACAACCGCACUAUGCGGUGGGUACGGAGGCGGUGCGACAUGUGCCGUUCGUGGGACCUGUGAGCCCGCUGGCGGUGCCCAUCUUCGCAUCGUCGACGUGGGUGCUCGACUCGGCCGACCACGGCGCGCUGCUGUCGGACCGCUUCUCCGACCGCUUCGACCGCACCCACAACACCGUCGAGGGCGGCCUCUCGCCCUGGCUCUACUCCCGCUGGGACAACCCCACCUCCGACGUUGCCGCCACCCUCAUCACCCGCCUCGAGUCCGCCCACAAGACAUUCCUCUUUGGCAGCGGGAUGGCGGCCAUCACGACCACCCUGUUUGGGCUGCUCAAGGCGGGCGACCACUGCAUCGUCCACUCGCCCAUCUACGGAGGCACCCACGAGACGUUUGACCUGUUGACCACCUACGGCGUGGAGGUCACCCGCAUUCCAUUGCCCGAGGACGGCAACAUUGACGGCUACCGGAACGCUGUCAAGCCCAACACGAAGCUGCUGUACGCCGAAACGCCGGCCAACCCGAUCUGCGCGGUGAUCGACCUGGCGGAGCUGGGCAAGCUGGCCCGGGAGCACAACGCCCUCACCGUGGUCGACAGCACCUUCGCCUCGCCCAUCAACCAGAACCCCAUCAAGGACUUUGGCAUCGAUGUCGUGAUCCACUCGUGCACCAAGUUCCUGGGCGGCCAUUCCGACAUCCUGGCCGGCUCGGCCACGGUCAAGAACCGCGAGCUCGAGGACAAGGUCUGGCAGGCCAGGAAAUUGUUCGGAGGCGUGCUAUCACCGUUCGACUGUUUCCUGCUCGCGCGGGGCAUCAAGACGCUUGAUCUGCGCGUGCAGCGCCAGAACGAGAACGCGCUCUACCUGGCCCAGGCGCUCGAGAAGCACCCCAAGGUCGAGCGCGUGUUCUACCCCGGUCUGCCCUCGCAUCCCGCACACGCCGUGGCCAAGAAGCAGAUGCGCGGCUUCGGCGGUAUGAUCUCCUUCGAGGUGAAGGGCGGCACCGAGGCGGGCAAGAAGGUCGCCGAGGCCGUGCGGCUCAUCACCCUCGCCGUCUCCCUUGGCGGGGUGGAGAGUCUGAUCUGUCACGCCGCGACGACGACGCACGUGAUGGUGCCGCGCGAGAUUCGCCUGAAGGGCGGCAUUACGGACGGCCUCAUCCGGUUCUCCGUGGGCAUCGAGGACAAGGACGACCUCCUGCGCGACCUCCAGCAGGCCCUCGACCAGAUCUGA